ACGUGAUGUGAUUGGUCAGUUGUGUGUUUUGCUUUCAAUGGCGCUGUGGCUCGGUUUUGAAAUAGAAGAGCUAACGAAGACGCGAUUUUAUCGGUUUUCUUGACCCGGUAGAGCCGGAAUAGAACCUUUUUUGUUAAAUAUUUUUAUUUAUGUUCCAGUUAGACCGCAGAACUGCCACAUACCAUGAACAGAAAAGCUAAAGAAAAGGUGGUGACGUCAGGAAGGCUCACAGGUACCGCCGGGAGGAGAGCCACUCCUGAUCCAGGACCAGCUGCCUGGCCUGAGCCACGUGACUCCCUUUACUCCACAAACUCCGAUCAGGUCACUACUCUUCACAAGGGUCUGGACCAGUGUGCUGCCUUGCUCAGUGGCAUUCUCCAGGCAGAGAAGGCAGCCUCACCAGGACCUAAGAAGCUGAUGAUUAAACCAAGAGCAUCCACUUGUCAGGGGAGUAAGACCAUAAAGAAAGGUCCUACAAAAUCAGGAACAGUUUCUGCAGGUGUUUCCAGAAGCAUGAAGCCUGUAGCAGGGAAACCCAGACCCUCCACCUCUCAGGGGGCCGCCGCUCUCAGGAAGCCUCAGACCAAAGACCUUCGGCACUCAGAACCAGACACUCGUAGACCAGCUCCUCCAGCUCUUCUGUCAAGACAAAAGCUACACCCGUCUCCCUCUGCUGCUCAGAACCAAACCCCUCGGCCCCCACUCAGCUUGGUCCCUCCACCUCAGACCUCCGUCCACGUCCAGACCAGCUGCCCUUCUGGUCCUGAAGUUCCACGUUCCACGACAGAGUGGGAUGGACUAAAGGAAGUUCCCGUCAAAGACUCUGAUGUCCAGGUCCCACAUGAAGACUCCCAUACCACGAUGGGGCUAAACCUGCAGGUAGAUCCUGGAGUCCCUGAGAACUCGUCCGUCAGAGGGGAGGACAGCCGGAGGACAGAAGCAGAGACGGUUGAUUGUCUGCUGGGAGAACUCAAAGCUCUGAUUGCUGGUCAAGGCAGUGUAGCAGAGAGGCUGCUCCUCCGUCUGGAGCAGGUUGUGUCUUCACAGAUAAAUGUCGGUUGUUCAAACGUCCCAACAGGAAGUCCAUCAGAUCCAUCAUGGCUGCCGGGUCAGAGUGCUCACCUGUGCAGGUGUGUGAAGAUUUCUGGCAAGGCGGAUGAACACCAGAAACAGGAACUACUUUCCAACUUAGGAGCGGUGAGUCUGAAGGAGGACCUUCUGGCUGCUCAGUCCAGACUCCAGGAGCUCCAGGAGGACUUCACAGAGCUACGGAAAGCCCUCCAGGACACACAGAGCCAGCUGAGGGACAAAGAAGAGGAGAACACACUCCUAAAGACAGACCUGAAGGCCACCAGAGAACAUCUGCAGCAAACGCAGCAACAGAAGAUGGAGCUAGCCUCGCUCGCCCAGCAGAGACUAGAGGAGAUAGGAGCCCUUCAGAGAUGUCUUCAGAGUCAGAAGAGAUCAGAUGAGGUCCGCCAGUCUCCUGAACAGGACCCACCAGCGCCCCCCAGUGACCUGAUCAAACACAACCUGAUGUCUUUGAGCCAGGUGGAGCACACACACCCAGGGCUGGUGCGUUUGGCUGCAGAGACAGAUGAAAACACACCACAUCAGCUCAUCAGACCUCCGCAAGGUCCGUCUAAACAUCCACCUCAUCUCAGCCUGUCCAGGUCAGAGGUCAUCCAGCCUCAUGGGCGAGUGAUGGACAUGUCUACCUGUGACCUGGAGUCUGUUUGCUCCAGCUGGAGCGUGAGAUCAGGCUCCACCUUCGACACCAGAGACGAGCUGGCGUUUCGUGAUGGACUUGCUGCUCUGGACGCCAGCAUAGCCAGUCUGCAGAAGACCAUCAGACUGGAUUUGAAGAAGUGACACCAGUCCCCAACUCUACACCCAGAUACGCUCUCCUUGUUUUACUUUGAACAAACUGAAAUAAACUAAUCAGAUUUCA